CACGGGUAGUGAGGAUGUAAAAUUGCUGAAGUGACCUCACAGCUGGGAACAGCUCCUGAUAAACCACUGGGUACAGCCAGGGGUCUUCCAGCACGGAUCAGGUCUAACACUGCUCCUGCCCAGGUGCUGCUUCAGGGAGCCCUGUUAGCAAGAAGGGAAGCCAGAGAUUUUCUCCCCAGUCCUGCUGCUCUACAGAGGCCACAUCACCUCAGCAGCCCCACGGUCUGCUCUGCAUGCCCAUCCCCCCAGAAACAGGCACAAAUCCCCUCAGCUUUGCUUCAAAACCUCAGCCACAGCAGAAUGUUUAAAAAACUCACCAAAUUCAUUGUAAAUCAAAUGGAUCCAAGCAAAGAACUGGUCCCUGUCGAGAGCAUUGCAGACAAUGAGCACUUCAGGCCUCUCUAUCUACUGAAGAAAAAAAGCAAACCAAAAACCGUAUUUCACCGAGCUCCCUACUACCAGCAGACAGGCUUCACACUGGAUGAUGUGCUGCUGCCUGGAGAAGAUGGUAAAAGCAAAGAGACCCUCCAUCAAGAAUCCAGCCAAUUUACUCUCACAAAAGUCAGCGCUGAUCAAGCUGAUGGAGGUCUCAGCAUUUCUUUUGACCCUGCAAAUGUAGAGCUGAAAGGAGGUGCCUCCUUGUCCAAAGAGUUUUCCAUUACGCCACAGAAGAAGAGCAUAUCACUGCAAUCACUGGAGGCACUGAGAAGAGAAAGAGAAAUCAACAUGGAUCAUUCCUUCAUCCGACAGCUCCGGAGAACAGACAUCAAGCUGUACGUGGUCACUGAAAUCCUCGAGGCCUCAGAGGAGGCUGUCUACAAGGAAUCCACCAAGGCAGACAGGGGGUUCAAGGCCAAAUUUUAUGCCACUCUAUGUGCAAAGAGCAACACGGAGGACAAAAAAAGCAUAGUCAUACCCAAGGGCUGCACGCUGGCCUUCAGGACCAUCCCACUACACAUUAGGGAUGGAGCAUGGGAUCUGGAUUAUUUCCCAGCAGAAGCUGUGAGAAAGCAAGCUUAUGUAGCUGAUGGUCCCUCAGCAGGAAAAUUAGGACAAGUGAUGACAGAAGUUCAAUAUUCCUGCCGAAUUUUCUCUGAGUUGUCUCCUGACCUGCUGCUCAUCAUGUUAAACACCAUCAAAGCUGUGAUGAGAGACAAGAACCUCCUUCAAGAGCUCAGCCAGAAAAUGGAAGAGGUUCCUGAGCAAAAUGAUGGUUAUGAGCUGAAUACUGAGAGCCCAGACUUAAAAGACCUGUUCAACAUCUUACAGCAUUCCCCAAGAGAUCGUCUCCUUCAGCUGGCAGAAGGAAUCACCUACGUCCUGGAUGCUUUGCAUGAGUUAACAGAGGAUCAGCUGGAGCUGCUGCUGGAAUCCUUGGAAAGGAAGAUUGUGUCCCAACAGCUGAACCUGGUUGCAAAUCUCCUGGAACAUGACCUGGAUAAGGGGAAGGAGACUUUCCUUGUGGAUGCUAGGCUUCUCUCCUUCCAACACAAGGAGGAAGAGAUGUUAACCAUUGCCCUGGUGGAGCUGAGUGGAGUGCAGCUCCAGGAAGAUGGAUCAGCUGUCCCAAGGGAUAAACCCUUUGAGGCCAUGGCAGCCUUGUUUGUAGCCCUGUACGCCCUUAACUUCCUGAAUGGGAUGUACCUGGCCCUGCCCAGGGAACUCCUCUGCAAAGUUGUGUGAAAUCUCUGCUGACAAGACAAUUUUCUCUCCCAAUAUCAUCCUUGUUAAUAAUCAAGGAUGAUUUGGCUGGCAAAAGCAAAUUGUAGGCAGGAAAAUUCAUUAUGGGUACUAAAGGUUGAAUAUCAAAGUGGGCUUGUUUUAUUGACACCGCCCUGGUCCCACCAGCACUGCCAUCAUCCCUGAGAUGUUCAAUGGACACAUGGAGCACUUUAGAGCAAGCAUAGUCUCAUUAUCACUCUAUAAAUAAAGAGGAUGUUUUGAUACACAA